AUGUACCGCCCUAGAGCAGUGAAGCCAAAUGUGCUGGCGUCAUUCCGCCGCUUCCAGUCUCAAUUCAACGUUGCCAUCAUAGGCUCAGGUCCAGCAGGUUUCUACACAGCUCAUCAUCUAAUUAAUAAGAAUCCAAAUGUUCAUGUAAACAUCUUUGAAAAAUUGCCCACACCAUUUGGGUUAUCAAGAUAUGGUGUUGCUCCAGAUCAUCCAGAAGUUAAGAACUGUGAAGAUACUUUUAAUCAAGUUGCUGAAAAUGAAAGGUUUAAAUUUUUUGGUAAUAUAACCGUGGGGAAAGAUAUUAGUCUGAAAGAAUUACAUAAAAACUAUAAUGCUGUUGUUUUUUCUUAUGGAUGUACACAAGAUAAUAAAUUGAGUAUACCUGGUGAAGAACUCCCUGGUGUUAUUAGUGCUAGAAAAUUUGUUGGCUGGUACAAUGGAUUACCAGAAUGUCAAGAUUUGAAUCCUCCAUUGAAUAAAAUUGAGGAUGUUGUCAUUAUUGGGAAUGGUAAUGUCGCUAUUGAUUGUGCUAGAAUAUUAUUGACACCACCUGAAGUGUUGAGUAAAACUGAUAUUUCAGAUAAAGCUGUUCAAGAGUUGAAGAGUUCAACAUUGAAAAAUAUAAAAAUUGUUGCAAGAAGAGGGUUUUUGGAAAGUGCAUUUACAAAUAAAGAGAUUAGAGAAUUAUUAGAAUUGGAGAAAUAUGGUGUUAAGUUUGAAGGUGUUGAUCCAAAGAUACUUGAUCCUAUAAUCCCUUUCAAAAAUAAAUUUGAUAGAAUUACUUCAAGAAGAUUGGAUCUGAUAUUGAAUCAAAUGAAACCACCACAAGAACUUUUCACAAAGUCUUGGAAAUUGGAAUAUUUACAAUCUCCUAUUGAAGCAUUUGAAAAUUCUAAAAAUAAAAGAUUAGUAUCAUCAAUAAACUUACAAGAAAAUCAACUAUACCAUGAAUCCCCAGAUUCCCCAGCAAAAGUCAAAUCAAUACCUGGUGCAACCCAUUUGGAGAAAGCAGAACUAGUUAUAACUAGUAUUGGCUAUAAAGGUGUUUCAAUCCCAGGAAUGAAUGAAUUGGGUAUAAUAUUUAAUGAAAGAAAUGGAACAAUUUUGAAUGAUAAUGGUCGUGUUCUAGCUGAGGAUCGCUCAGUAUUACCAGGGUUUUAUGCAUCAGGAUGGAUUAGAAAAGGUUCUGCAGGUGUUAUUGCUUCUACAAUGAUGGAUUCUUUCACUAGUGCUGGUUUCAUAUUGGAAGAUUUUGAAAAAGGUUUGAUAAAAGGAGGUGAUAAGAAGGGGUUUGAGAAUCUGAAUUUAGGAAAAAGUGUUGUUAGUUGGAAAGAUUGGGAGAAAUUGAAUAAGUUUGAAAAGAAGCUUGGUGAAAGUUUUGAUAAAUCAAGAUAUAAAGUUAUGAAUGUUGAUCAAAUGUUGGAAAUUAUAAGAGAUGAUUCAACAAAUGAAGACGAAAGAUUUGCAAAGUACAAGGAGCUCGUCUCGAAUCAAUGAAAACGAGACUACGUGUAUAUAGUAUCUUAAAGAAACAUGAUGAGUUAAAUUUGAAAUUUUGAGUUUUUAUUGUAUUAUAUGAUUGUGAAAAAGUUGAACUACAGCUUUUCCAUCUUUUGUAUUUCUAAUAAAAAGUUUGUUUUUUUGCUUUAUAUGAAUAUCAAAUUCUUCUGGUACUUUAUUUCAUUUAAUAAUAUAUGAUGGUCAUGAAUUGUUUUUCUUUAUAUGCUUCAUUAUAAAUUCAUCUAAUGUUCACCAUUUUUGUGGUGACGUAAAUGGAAGUAGUAUUCACAAGAGUAACCAAAGAUUAAGAUGAAACCAGCUAAAUGUAAUAAUGGUUUACCAGUAGCAUUGUCACCGUUGAAGUAUUUUUCUUUAUAACGAGCAAUUGGACCAAAUGGUUGGUUUGGAGCACGUUCACCUUGAGGUAAAGAUUUGUAGAAUUGAACAACGUUGACUAAACGUUUGGCAUUUGGAGCAGCACCAAGGUUC